ACUAUAAUACCACAACUACAUUUCUUGGACCGUUUCUCAAACCAUCUCUUUCUUCCACAGGAUAAAUUCCCUCUCUCCCUCCCAAAACUUCAUUUAUAUAAACCUGCACUGCACACUUACUACUUCAUAAACUCACAAAAUUCUGUUUCUUGUUGAGUAAAGUUUUCGACUUUUCUGCGAAUUCUCUCUGAUUUGGUGUUAAAGUUUGAAUCUUUUGGGCACCCAAUACAGAAAGAAAGGAAAAGCUGCAAAUGGGUUCUCAGGUAUUGGUGGCUCUUGGGCUCUCACUAAUUGGUGGACUGAGUACUUCUAUAGGUGCACUCUUUGUAGUUCUCAAUCAGGCUCCCAAUUUGAAGAUGCUUGGGAUUUUACAGGGAUUUGCAGCAGGUCUGAUGCUGAGCAUUUCAUUCCUGGAUUUGGCUCACAACGCUAUUAACUCUAUUGGCUUCUUAAAAGGAAACCUUUGGUUUUUUGCAGGUGUCUUAUUUUUUGCUAUUGUUGCCAAUUUUAUUCCAGAACCAACACUUGCCCCGGUUUCAGAUAGUAAAAAGAAAACUACAGAUGAAGGGGGCAAGGACAUUAUGAAAAAGCAUCGCCGCCAAGUUUUAUUCAGUGGGAUUGUUACAGCUGUAGGCAUAAGCUUGCACAAUUUUCCUGAAGGAAUGGCAGUUUUUCUUGGGUCAAUGAAGGGUCUUCGUGUUGGUGUCAACCUGGCUUUGGCCAUUGCUCUGCACAACAUUCCAGAGGGUGUUGCUGUUGCACUUCCUGUUUAUUUUGCAACACAAAGCAAAUGGCAGGCAUUCAAAUUGGCUACCCUUUCUGGUUUGGCUGAGCCUCUGGGUGUUAUAAUUGUAGCCUAUUUAUUCCCAAGCAGCUUGAGUCCUGAAAUUCUUGAGGGCUUGCUCGGAGCAGUUGGUGGAGUGAUGGCUUUUCUAACCCUGCAUGAAAUGCUGCCGCUGGCAUUUGAUUAUGCUGGACAGAAGCAAGCUGUCAAGGCUGUGUUCUUUGGAAUGGCUUUCAUGUCUGCAAGCCUAUAUUUUCUUGAAAUCAGUUUACCUGAGGAGAUGAGCUUGUAGUAAUGGAACAGUCUGUUGGUAUUCCUCUAUUGUACAUUUCUGGACCGCUAUGAUGGGUUUUCAAAUUGUGCCUGAUCUUGUCAACCGGCAUUGAAGACCUAUACUAAUAGUCGGCUUCAUUUGGUCUCAGGCAAAGGGCAGAGAAGUUAUACCAUUAUGUACUGAGCAGUUCUUAUCAUCAAUAUAACAGAAAUGUAUCACUGUUUGUUUUUUUAAUUAAAAAUAAAAUAAAAGAAGAGAAAGGGAGGGAAAAAAAAUCAAGAUUUCAUGGAACUUGUUUUC